UCUGAUGAGGGAGGUAUCGUCCGGCCAAAGGCUCUGAUCAAGUGGCCUCAACUUCUCACCAUUUGUAUUGUUAACCAUUCUGCUCUCACGAACUGUGGCCCUUCUCUCUAUCAUCGGCUCUUUCUCUCAGUUAAGGUUUGAAGAAGAUAGAAACGGAAGAGGUAGAGCAGUAACUCACAGGAUAAGAGUCCGAAAAGUAAGGAGAGGGGGAGAGAAAGAAGGGAACAAAUUUGGAGUUCUUUUCUUCAGUAGUUUAAAUGCUUCUUAAGUAAAUCUAUCAAAAACUUACAAAAUUCUACAUGUAUUUGUUUUAAAUGACAAGAUUUCUUGAAUCUUCCUAAAAUCUGUUUGCAUGAAAUUUUUUCGAGUUCUGCCGGUGGCUCAAUGGCUCGUACGUCUCAUAAUUGACAGCCAAUGUUGAGAUAGUUGUUCGAUUUGUUCUUUGCCAUGUUCCAUCAAAGCGAAAAAGAAUGUUCUCUUUGAAAUUUUUCUUGAUUGAGAAGGAACCACAACAUACUCCACAAGCAACUUGCUUAUUGUCUGCUUUUGGAAAACCUCCACUCCUGUAUCUCUGCCAUAUGCAGGAAGAGUGCUUUUAUUGCAAAAAUUUUAUCCUCAUAAAAAUUGAAUCACGAACUUCUAGGGCUCGUUUAAUGGGCGGGAAAAAUACUGUAGCCCAAGAAAAAAAUUUCAAAUUUGUAAAAGUUUUUCGUUUCAUCAGACGCACAGAUAUUUUUGAGACUCAGGCUGGAAACGGAAAUUUAUUUCCGGAAAGGCACGCUCGCGUCUUCCUCCCAACUUUUAGUUUUCGUGCAUCGUCCUGCUGCUGCUGCGUUUUCCUCCUUCCCCCAUUCCCUGUCCCCUCUCCGUCACAGAGACCGUCUCUCCUCCGCUUGACGGCCGUGGUCCUCCAGCCGCCCGCCGCUCCACCUGUGGCUCUCUCUCUCCCACACGCACCCACAGAUACCCAAGCCCUACCGACGUCGCCCGCUUGCAGCCCUAAGCUUCACCUGUUGUCAUCAAUUGCAGGCCUUCAGGCACCACCUUCAACAGGAAAUUUGGUUUUAUCCCUCUUGGCUGCUCCUUUACUCAGGUGUUCGAAGUGAAAGCAGAUUAGCAGAAAGCAAAUUUGGAAACAAUCUAAAUUUCAGUCUCGUUUCAUUCCAAAUUUUAGCUAUGGAAGGUUCAAGCAACUCAAUGAAUGAUACUCAUAUGGACUGAUGCUCAACUAGAAUAUCUUAUAAAUCUUCAAAGGAGGGCAAAAAUGAAAACACUAUGAAGAGUUACAUGAAGUGUAUGGCCAGUCAACUACCAUAGGUCGUGACAGUUAUAAUUGUACUUCGUACAUGAUGACUGAAGACUAUGAGCCCUAUAACCCAUAAGCCUGAUUUCGGGAUAAAUGUUGAUGAAAAUGUAUCUUUCACACAAAUGUUGAACAGUAAUUCUCCUAUAUCAUCACCGACACACAUUCAACAAGAUUCAGGUCCUACUACAUCAGAAAGUAGGACCAUGAAUUCAUCAAAGAAAAGAGCAAGAUCAAGUACGAAUGACGAGGAGUAUCGAACACUAUUGCAUGACAUAGCCGAUAGUUUUCGAACAAUGAUAAACACAUCUACAACACAAACAAGGAACAAAUGUGCAGUUAUAUUGCGUGAAAUGCUCAACUUGGGAGAGAUUGAUAAGAACAUGCACUUAAGAGCCCUGAUGCUAAUGGAGCAAGGAAAAAAGCCACACAUCUUCCUCAACCUUCAGCCUGAUAAACGGGUGCCUUGGUUGCUGUUUAAUCUCAAUCAUCAAUAUUCUAUGCUACCCAGUGCAACAGUCAUGUCGUCAGAUGAAGAAAGAGAACAUGCUAUGGUGAAAGUGAUGUUUGCCUUGGUCAUCAUAUUUUUUGGGUUCCUUAAUCGGCGUAGGCGAAUUGUUCACCCUUAUAGAAAUGUUGGUAGUCAAUUUAUUGAAAAUAUCAUCAACGGCCAUCCAAAGAAUUGUUUGGACUUACUGCGCAUGGAUCGCAGCUCGUUUAUUACACUAUGUAAUAUCUUGAAAGAGAAAAAUUUAGUAGAAGAUGCUCGGGAAAUCAGCAUUAAAGAACAAGUUGCUAUCUUUCUACUUACUGUUGGCCAUAAUGAGCGCAAUCGUGCAUGCCGAAACACGUUUCAACACUCAAGUCAAACAAUUAGCAAGUACAUCAACCUCAUUCUACGAGCACUAUGUCAAUUGGGUAAGGAAUACAUCAGCCGACCGAACGAUGACACUCCAUCCAAAAUCCGCUUCAAUCCUCGUUUCUAUCCAUAUUUUAAGGAUUGUUUAGGAGCUAUAGAUGGCAUUCACAUACCAGUCUGGGUACGUACAUCAGAAGAAUCGAGGUUUCGUAAUAGAAAUGGAACUCUUUCACAAAAUGUCUUUGCUGUAGUUGGAUUCGACAUGCGAUUCCACUAUGUUUUGGCGGGUUGGGAAGGCAACGCAACAAAUUCAAGAGUAUUAUACAGUGCACUAGACACUGAGAUCGAUCCUUUUGUCAUACCUACAGGGAAAUACUAUCUUGGUGAUGGAGAAUAUCCAAACAUACAUGGUUUACUAACUCCAUAUCGAGGUCAUCGAUACCAUCUCUCUGAAUUUAAUGCAUCGGGGGCACGACGUGUUACAUCUGCAGAGGAACUGUUUAAUCAUCGUCAUUCAUCAUUAAGAACAACUGUUGAACGAGCUUUUGGUUUAUUAAAAGGACGAUUCCCUAUACUAAAAGCACAAGUGUCAUUUCCUUAUCGUAAACAAGUUGGGAUUGUGUUAGCCACGUGUGUUCUACACAAUUUCAUUAUAGAUCAUAAUCCUCAUGCAGAACAGUUUGAUGUUGACGAAGGUGCAUCUGACGAUGCAAAUGAGAGUACAUCGUUUGUAACCGAACUUGAAAGUGCGACACAAAGUAUUCAUCGAGGAUCCAAUAAUGACCUGCGCACUUCAAUAACAUCUCAAAUGUUCAUGGAUUUUCAAACUCGUAGGUAAUCGAAGAUGAAGCCCCGACAUAAGUAUUAUGUCGUGUUCGAGGGUCGUUCACCUACAUGAAGAAAUACGAUCACCAAAUUUUUGAUGACAUGUGUCAACACACUUGAAGAAAAUGAAGAUUCUUUGAAGGUUGACAUUCAUUUACAUGUUUCAAAUCGAUUCAUGUGGUGGUCAUUGUGAUUUUGUUGAGCUUGUUUCCGUUAUGGUGGAUGUGUACAUGACGCACUAUAUGUAUAUGCUUCUAUGCAUACUCUACCUUCACACUUGGCUAUGUAUUUAACGGUGAUGCUUUUGUCAACACUUAUGUAAAUUAUCUAUCACUGAUGAGAAUAUGUAUGUGAUUUAUCUA